GAUCCGCGUUGGCCGGGGCUGCUCUUCGGCCGCGCAGGGAGCCCCGGCUGGAGGACCGGGAUGACGGCGCCGCUCUGAAUGGCCGCGAUGGAAGGAUCUAGCGGGUCCAGCUUUGGGAUAGACACGAUUUUGUCUAAUGCCAGCUCGGGCAGCCCCGGCGUGAUGAACGGAGACUUCCGCCAGCACAGCGAGGCUAGGACGGCGGAUUUUCGAGCCCAGGCCACCCCGUCCCCCUGCUCGGAGAUAGACACGGUGGGGACGGCGCCUUCCUCGCCCAUCUCGGUCACCAUGGAGCACCCCGAGCCGCAUCUGGUCCCAGAGAGCAUCCCGCAGCAUCACCACCUCCACCACGGCCAGCCGCCGCCGCCGCCAAGUUUGCAGGGCUCGCCCCAGCCGCCGCCGCCGCAGUUGGGCUCGGCUGGCUCUGCCCCCCGGACUUCCACCUCUUCCUUCUUAAUUAAAGACAUUUUGGGCGACAGCAAACCGCUGGCGGCGUGUGCGCCCUACAGCACCAGCGUCUCCUCUCCCCACCACACCCCGAAGCAAGAAGGCAACGCCGCCAGCGAGAGCUUCAGGCCAAAGCUAGAGCAGGAGGACAGCAAAGCCAAACUCGACAAGCGCGACGACCCGCAGAGCGAGCUCAAAUGCCACGGGACAAAGGAGGAAGGCGACCGCGAGAUCACGAGCAGCCGGGACAGCCCCCCGGUGCGAGCCAAGAAGCCCCGCAAGGCGCGGACUGCCUUUUCGGACCACCAGCUCAACCAGCUGGAGCGCAGCUUCGAGCGGCAGAAGUACCUGAGCGUCCAGGACCGCAUGGACCUGGCGGCCGCGCUCAACCUCACCGACACGCAGGUCAAGACCUGGUACCAGAACCGCAGGUAA